AGCCAUUUUGGCUCAAGUCGCCCUUUUCAGGGCUCAAGCGCCGCCCGCGCCCCCGUCAAGACAGCCCAGCCCUUGAAGGCGCAGCCUGCCCAUCAUGGGUGACGACGAUCAGAAGAAGAAGAGGACCUUCAAGAAGUAUUCUUUCCGCGGGAUCGAUCUCGACAAGCUGCUUGACCUGAGCAACCAGGAGCUGAUGGAGCUCUUCCGCGCGCGGCAGCGGAGGAAGUUCAGCCGCGGCAUCAAGCGCAAGCCAAUCGCACUCCUGAAGAAGCUGCGCAAGGCUAAGCGUGAGACUGCCUACGGCGAGAAGCCUGAGGCCGUCAAGACUCACCUGCGGAACAUGGUAAUUGUGCCAGAGAUGAUAGGGAGCGUCGUGGGCGUCUACAACGGCAAGCAGUACAUCAACGUGGAGGUCAAGCCCGAGGCCAUCGGGCAUUACCUGGGGGAGUUCUCCAUCACGUACAAGCCCACGAAGCACGGCCGCGCAGGCAUGGGCGGCAAGAUGAGCUUCAUCCCCCUGAAGUGAGCGGCGCGCGGGCGCGGCCGGAGGCAGGAAGCAGACGCUUUGCGCGCCAGGUUGGCACGGAAAGGAGAGGAAUAACAAGCAAAAACACAAGAAUGCGAAAUAACGAA